AUGGAGCAUCCUGAGCUCUACGACAUUGCUGACAGACUUGGCAUCAUGAUCAUCGCUGGCUGGGAGUGCUGCGAUCGGUGGGAGGCUUGGCCCUACAACGAUGACAUUUCCCAGAAUCCUCCCCAAAGAUGGUCUGAGGUUGACUACGAGACCGCCAACGCUUCCAUAAGGCACGAGGCGGCCAUGAUGCAAACUCACCCAAGUAUGAUCGCCUUCCUCGUGGGUAGCGACUAUUGGCCCGAUGACCGGGCCACAGCGAUAUACCUUGAAGGCUUACAUGAUGCUGGGUGGCAAGUCCCCGUCAUCUCCUCGGCUGCGAAGCGUGGUUAUCCAAAGGCCCUUGGCCCCUCCGGAAUGAAGAUGGAGGGGCCUUAUGAUUGGGUUCCGCCCGUCUAUUGGUUCGAUAGAGAACCAACAGACAACAGGUCCGGAUCCUCUUUUGGGUUCGGAAGUGAGCUAGGCGCUGGCGUCGGGACGCCUACUAAAGGAAGUCUCACCAGGUUUCUGACGGACAAAGACAUGGAGGACUUGUGGAAGAAGCCAAAUAAGGGCCUUUAUCACAUGUCACAGAAUACCUCGCAGUUCUAUGAUCGGUCGAUUUACAACAAGGCGCUGUAUGCUCGGUACGGCAAGCCUACAUCUCUAGACGACUACCUGAUGAAGGCACAGAUGAUGGACUACGAAGCAACACGUUCUGAGUUCGAGGGUUGGGCAAGCCAAUGGAGCGCUUCACGUCCAGCCACUGGUCUGAUCUACUGGAUGCUGAAUAACGCCUGGCCGAGUCUCCAUUGGAACCAAUUUGACUACUAUCUUCACCCUGCUGGAUCGUACUUUGGCACCAAGAUUGCCAAUGGAGUGGAACAUGUAGCCUUCGAUUACUUCAGGAGCUUUAUCUGGACCAUCAACCAGUCCCUUGAUCAAUCGGGUCCGCGCUCAGUUCAUGUCGACUUAGUGGAUCUGAAGGGGAACUAUAUUUCUCAUCAGAAGCUUCACUAUACCACAGAGCCUAAUAAAUCUCAGAGGAUCGGCGAUAUCAGUAGCUCCAUCAAGAGGAUUACGGAAGUUGGCGUGCUUCGCCUGCUCUUGGUUGACGAUGAUACCGAAAAGGUGCUCAGUCGCAACGCGUACUGGCUAUCCAAACAAAAGGAUCUAGUAGACUGGACCACCACGUCAUGGUAUUCUGUCGACGUUAAACAGUCCGCCAACUUCACUGCGCUGAACACGAUGGAACAAGCGGCCAUUGCAGCGUCAGCGUCCAGCAACAAGACUUCUGGGGUUUGGAAGCUUCGGAUUGAGAAUAAUGCUACAGUCCCCGCAGUAUUCAUCCAGCUCAACCUGGUAGGUAAGCACGGCAAAGACGUAACUCCGUUGACCUGGUCGGACAACUAUUUCACUCUGCUUCCACGAGAGUCGAUUGAAGUCGAACUCACCGACUGGUCAGGCAAAGGCGCGAUGGUGCAAAUCUAUGGCAAGAACGUGGAAGAGUCUUGGAUCAAACUGGGCUGA